AUGGGCCGUAUCGUAAAACUCCAACCAUCAGAGAGUGGAGCCAUACGAGAAGCACACGUCAAGCUACCAAACGGACGAAUCAUCAGAAGACCUGUUAAUUUACUUAUACCCUUAGAACUGGGAAACACCCAACCAAAUGAGUCUCCAAAUGUCGACAACGGGACGAAUACGGCUCCGGGUCACGACAUCAAGAACAAAGAUAAGCUAGACGAAAAAUCGAGAGAACGUCAUAACUUACGACCACGAUCACAUACUCGCACCGUUCACUCAGUUCAGUCAUCAGAGUCUAAUGAUGAACAUUUCCUUAAUCAUGACAAUAACAAACAUGGAACGGGCUCUGCUAUUUACGAGCUCCAACAAUUUCUAACGUAUAAUGAUGACCAUUCUAAUCCUAACUCGACAGCCCUACCUACCAACUACUGUCUAAUAAUACCAUCGACUCAUACGAAUAAUAUUCACUAUUUGCGCUACUGUAUUCUUAUACACGCAUCUCACUAUUCCUAG